AUGGCCGGAUAUCCCCCGCCAGGUCAGAACCCCUAUCCGCCGCACGGUGGUCCACCUCCUCAGGGUUAUCCUCCUCAAGGCUAUCAAGGCCAUCCGCCGCAGGGCCAGUACCCCCCGCCGCAACAUGGACAGUACCCUCCACAGGGACAUCAUCCACCACAGGGCCAUUAUCCUCCGCAGGGACAUCAUCCUCCUCCAGGUGGCGCGCAGGCCCAAUACUACGCACCACAGGGACAUCCACCUCAGGGUCAAUAUCCCCAGGGACAAUAUGGUGCCCCUCCACCGGGAGCUCCGCCGCACGGAUACCCGCCGCAGGGCCUUCCACAGGGACAGUACCCUCCGCCGCAACAGGGGCAUUAUCCCCCUCCUCAACACGGCUACGCCCCACAGGGACAUUAUCCUCCACAGGGACACCAUCCACAGCCCGGAUACGGUGCCGCACCUAGCGGACCACCCGCGCAGCCAUCUCCAGGCUACGCGCCCGGCCAGAUGGCACAGGGAGACGCAAGCAGAGAAGCCGACUCACUCCGUAAGGCCAUGAAGGGCUUCGGGACCGACGAGCUCACUCUGAUAGAGAUCCUCUCGAAGCCAGAUGCGCUGCGCAUGGCUCUCAUCUGCCACACUUUCUAUUCCCGACACAAGCGCAACCUGGAUAAGGAUAUUGAAAAGGAAUGUGGUGGGAAGUUCCGAGAUGUGAUGCUCGCGCUUGUCCGCGGGCCCCUGAUGCAAGACGUCUACGCCGUCAACAAGGCCAUAAAGGGCAUGGGCACCAACGAAAGGCUGCUCAACGACGUCCUCUUGUCGCGCUCAAACGCAGACAUGAACGCCAUCAAAACAGCGUAUAAGACGACCUUUGGUCGCACCCUCGAGGCAGACGUACGCGGCGACCUGUCAAUGCAGACAGAGCAAUUCUUCAACCUCGUGCUGGCCGCUACACGAGCAGAGGAAAACACUCCUCCUAACCAGUAUCAGCACGACCAGGACAUGACGCAGAUGUGGGGAGCCAUGGGCGGAAACACCGGCGUCCCUAAACACACCGUCUGGCAUAUCAUCACGCAGCGAUCCGAUGCUCAGAUCCGCGCUAUCAGCGAAGACUUCCCCAAGAAGUACAACACGGCGCUGAGCGCGCAGAUAACCAGCCAUUUCUCAGGCCAUAUCCGGGACGCACUGGUGCAUAUAGUCAGCAAGGCCGUCAGGCCUGUUCUGCACGAUGUCCUUGCACUGGAAGACACCAUGGCCGGUAUGGGCACUAACGACUGCCUGUUGAUCGAGAGGCUGGUCCGUAUACACUGGAACAGGCACUAUAUGGAGCAGGUCAAGGACGGAUAUAUGAAGAAGUACGGCAAGCCGUUGAGGUCGCGGGUUGCCAGUGAGACGAGAGGCGACUACGAAAAGGCUCUUCUUGCUAUACUCCAGUAA